AUGCGCACGGUUAAGCUCGUCGUCAUCGGGGCUUCUGGUGUAGGCAAGACAAGUCUCCGCAACCAGUACAUCUCAGGACGCUUUACGACGGGCUAUCGUGCGACCAUUGGUGCAGACUUUAUAACCAAGACUCUACCGCACCACAGCUUUUCGGACGAGUCUGUCGUGCUCCAGAUUUGGGACACUGCGGGGCAGGAACGCUUCUCGAGCCUCUCCUCUGCGUUCUUUCGCGGUGCUGAUGCCGCCUUGCUCAUGUUCGACGUGAACCAGCCCCAGACGCUCGAUGCGCUCCACAAGUGGUGGUCCGAAUUCCGCGAGCGCGCUCCCGUACCGGACGACGAGCUCGAGGACUUCUGCUGCGUCGUCGUGGGUAACAAGAUCGACAUGCUGCAGAACGCAGACGGAGUCCGUGCAGCUGGUGUGGUGUCGGAAGCUGACGCGCUAGCGCUCAUUAACGAGCUUGUCCCGCCGGCCUCUGCACCGCCGUCGCCGCUCAUCGUGGAGCCUGAGCUUGAAGAAGACUUGCUGACCCCAAACGGACACGCCGUACCUCUCGACAUCGCACCGAGCACACAGCGCUUACGGCGGCACAUCUCCAAGUCACGCUCGCGCAGCCGCUCUCUGUUCCGCGGGGGUACAGUUGGGACCAUGACGACGACGCACACCGUGUACCACACGCCCUCAUCGUCGUUCUUCGACGCGUUCGAGUCCGCGCUCUCCUCGCCUGUGCGUACCACCGACUCUUUCGCGUCCUCCCCAUCUCUCUCGCCCUCGCAUCGCACGCCUUCUGCAUCUUCCAUAUCCUCCGUGCCUACGAUCACCCCAAGCCUCUUCGUCCGCAGGCAAGCAGCAACGUGUGCAACGACGCCUCUCUCUGGCUCCCCACCCACGUCAUGCAUGCCGCCUCCACCGCGAGAGCGCCGCCCGAAGCUGUUCUUCACGUCCGCUAAGACGGGGGAGGGCGUCGCGGAAGUGUUCGAGUACGUUGCGCGCCGCGUUGUCGUGCAGCGGGAGCACGAGGAGGCGCUCGAGGCGCGAACGCUGCACAUGCAGGACGCGGACGACAUUAUCCGCCUCACGCAUUCGUCCGGUGACCAUAAAUGGGCUCCUGCAUCGUGCUGCGGGUCGUGA